ACAUUAAAACAAACCACAACGUCACCUUCUGAAACGACUAAGCCCCCAAGCACCACAGCGUCGCCAGAUACUACAACAUCAUCUGUCCAAACGACAGGUAGAGAUACCAACCUAAAUUGAUCCGGCUCUAUUUCCGCCGCUCUCCCCUCGGUUCAGGGGAGGGCGCGGUCUCAUUUACCGAACAGCGGCUAGUAAUGGAGCCUACUAAAUUACUUUAAUCGUCACGAGUUUCUCAAGCGAGGAAUUCACGCAUUAAUAGGAAAGCUCGAAAACAGAUGUUUUUGUUGGUUUCCGUCGGCCAUAUUUGUGCCCUUCGAAGGGACACCAAGAUGGCGUCUCCAUUUCCGAAUAUCUGGCAUAUGAAAUACCGCACAGACCUGCUUCUUGGCCAGGAUUUUUGCAUAUUUAUCUUCUUUCAUUCCCCGAUUCUGGACUUUCUGCAUUAAAUAGUUUGCAUUUUUAUUUUUUGGCAAUAGUCCCUGCAUGAGCAUUGAUAUUAGGAGCUGUCAGAACAGUAAGUGAUGAAUCUCUAAAAGACUCUGUACGACAACGACUGUCGUCUUAAGACUAUAUUUUUCCUCAGAUUAUUUUCAGAGUCUGUUUCUGCCAUAAGGAGACUGUGGUUGGGUGGCCUCUUCAAUCUAAUGAGAUUCAAUGGCGGAGACGUGGCAUUUGAAACUUAGACGAUCGUGUCUCCGUCCACAGCACUAUCAUGAAACCACACAAAUAAAGUGUUAUUUUCAAGUAGAUUAUUUAUCGAGAAAUUAAUCAUAAUUGACAAAUGAUAACAGGUGAAUUAGCUUUUAUUUUUCCUCCACAGCACCCCCAGCAACUUCAUCAACAGUCCCACCAACUUGCGAUUCACUGCGACCAGGUAUCGAAUAUGUUAAAAAUAGGUAACUCUGCCACCGUAUACUCCUAUCUACAAUGAUGCACAACUAAACUGUUUCUGUGUUUCUCAUCAAAUUAGUUAAUGGAGUACCGAUGUCUUGGGGAGCCUGGUCAGCCUGUAGUGAGACGUGUGGUAACGGUACGAGAAGCCGUAAACGUGAGUGUACCACUCCCAUUCCAGCUGGCAGUGAAGAAGCUUGUUAUGGUGGCGAAAUCUGCACAGAAACUUGUUUUAUCCGUCAUUGUCCAAGUAAGUCUAAUUUCCUUGCUUUUAUGAUAUAUGUAGUAGAAAACGUCAUAUAACUUAAAAGAGUAUUUCUAUCAGAACAAAUGAAAAGUGAAGAAAGUAAAAACCCAAAGUCGUGCCUGAGUUUGUUUGAUUCAACCGUGCGAAAGUCAGUGUCGGACUGUGAUGGGAAGCUGAAAUCAUACGUAGGGUUUGUUGAUAUUUAAGGACGUAAGAAACUGUUUCACACCUAGUCAUUAUGACACUUUGGUUAUUGCAAUCCAUCCAAAAAGUACGGAAAUCUUAUUUUUUGUACGUUGUUAUUUCAUUGUCUCUAGUUCCCGGCAAUUGGUCUACCUGGAGCGAUUGGUCUUCUUGCAGUGAAACAUGUGGCUAUGGUACAAGGGUUCGUACACGUUCCUGUAACAAUCCCGCACCAGCCCACGGUGGAGCCACUUGCCAAGGUGACACAAUCAAUACAGAUGCCUGUUUUGUUCGCCCGUGUCCAAGUAAGUUGAUUUUUAACUACCAAUUGUUUCGAAAACAAUGUAUAGAGGAGUUAAUCCCGGAUUCGCGUCCCGCUCUGGCCACUCGAUGGAUUUGCUCUUGCUCGUUCCUAGUUCAAAACCUCGGCCAUGCUUGUGUUCUCGGUUUUCACCUGAUGUCACCAAUAUUCAGACUAAGAAACUAUCGACUCUUCUGAGUUUCUACUUUCAUGACGUAUUACAACAUUUAAACACCUUAAUUCAAUCAAAUAUUCGAAUCGAAAGGGUUCAUUGUUUUCCGAAAGAGGACGCUUUAAUUUCCAGGUCCUUUGCGUGAGGCGGCAUUAAUCUCGCGGCCGGGAAAGCUCUUAUGGGGGUUUAUAACAACGUUACCGAUUUUUUGAGAUUUUGCUGUCUGAACAUUCCUUGUCUCCGAAUAAAUAUUACUUUAAUCUUUAUGAGAACCUAACCGUUUGGAAACCAUUUCUGGUGGUUAACCUCACCAAUACUCAACUAACCGAGCUUUUUUUUAUUCAUUUUAGCGACAUCACCACCUACUACGACAUUACCACAAACCACACCGUCACCUUCUGAAACGACUAAGCCCCCAAGCACCACAGCGUCGCCAGAUACUACAACAUCAUCUGUCCAAACGACAGGUAGAGAUACUAACCUAAAUUGAUCCGGCUCUGUUUCUGCCGCUCUCCGCUCGGUUCAGGGGAGGGCGCGGUCUCAAUUACCGAACAGCGGCUACUAAUGAAACCUACUAAAUUACUUUAAUCGUCAUGAGUUUCUCAAGCGAUGAAUUCACGCAUUAGUAGGAAAGCUCGAAAACAGAUGUUUUUGUUGGUUUCCGGCGGCCAUAUUUGUGCCCUCGAACGGACACCAACAUCACGUCUCCAUUUCCGAAUAUCUGGCAUAUGAAAUACCGCAAAGACCUGCUUCUUGGCCAGGAUUUUUGCAUAUUUAUCUUCUUUCAUUCCCCGAUUCUGGAAUUUCUGCAUUAAAUAGUUUGCAUUUUUAUUUUUGUUGACGUGACAGAAAACAGAAAAUAGGCCGCGACUGGUUGCUUCCUGCCAGUUGGGGUUUUUAAUCCUGUUACGUUGUAUUUGAAUUAUUUCUAAGUGUUUGAGUGGAAUGCCUGUUAACUAGUUGGAUAAGCUAAGUUUACUUUCCACUAUAAUCAAACCUUAAAACCGUUUUUAAACCUUUUAAACUUAUCCUUCUCCAUCAUUGCCAACACAUGCAGGAAACUAAUCUAUCUGGGGCAAGUUAAGAAGUAUUAUACAAUCUACAAAAAUGUACAAAAAAUACACCUUAAAGACUAGAAGAUGUCGCUUGCUCAUUCUUGUAACAUCUCCUUUUCUCUGAAGAUGACAAAAAGAACCUAAUCGUUUCGGAACCAUUUCUGGUGGUUAACCCCACCAAUACUCAACUAACCGAGCUUUUUUCUUCAUUUUAGCGACAUCACCACCUACUACGACAUUACCACAAACCACAACGUCACCUUCUGAAACGACUAAGUCCCCAAGCACCACACCGUCGCCAGAUAGUACA